UCACCACUUGGACCAAAUUCUUUGCUCCACUCAGGACUAAAUCAAGAAUUGCCUCCCCCGUUGUGGGUUCCAGGACAAGCUGCAGAGGGGUGUAGAUAUAUAGAGUAAAUUGUGGGUCUUGCUGUGUCCACCUCCAGAGCUAGAGGAGCACAGUGGCUUCAUUAGCAAUGCUUCUUGUUGGUCAUUCUAAAGCAUCUAUGACAAGCAGGGCAGUGAAUGAUCACUGAUGGCCAAAGAGGCUAAAAUCUAUUAAAGAAUUGUUACCAAAGUGCUGUUCCUAAAACUGGAUACUGUGUCCCACCUCUCUGACCGACGACGGCCACCCCAGAGAUCACAUCUCAUCACCGCACAGAAUAUGUCCUGACCCAGGACCCAGAGACAGCUAUCCCAGAAAUCACAUCCCAACCCACGACCCCACAGACCACGUUUCUUCCCCCCUGCCCCAGAAACCAUGGGCAGAGAUCCUAUCCUCUUGUGCCAUCCCAGAGAACAUGUCUCAUCCAUCAGAGAAGGCCCCAUCUCAUCACCCUAAAACCCAGAGACCACGGCCCAUGGUUCCAACCCUGUGGUUACAGUCUUGGAGCACCACCAUCCUGGAGACUUUACAUAUUCUGCUUUGGUGGAAUUAUAGCACUGGUUCCCCUAAUCCAAAGCUCACCGUCUACCUUGGGAAGAGGGACUUUGUCGACCACAUAGAUGUUGUGGAUUCUGUUGAUGGCGUCGUGUUGGUUGAUCCAGAGUACUUAAAAGAAAGGAAAGUCUUUGUCACGCUGACGUGCGCCUUCCGCUACGGACGGGAGGAUCUGGACGUGCUGGGACUGACCUUUCGGAAGGACCUGUUUGUGGCUAAUAUCCAGGCCUUCCCCCCGGUCCCUGAGGAGAAGAAACCCCUGACGCGACUCCAGGAGCGGCUGAUUAAGAAGCUCGGCGAGCAUGCCUACCCCUUCACUUUCGAGAUCCCUCCCAACCUGCCGUGUUCCGUCACACUGCAGCCUGGACCAGAGGACACGGGGAAGGCCUGUGGCGUUGACUACGAGGUGAAAGCUUUCUGUGCGGAGAACCUGGAGGAGAAAAUCCACAAGAGGAAUUCCGUGCGCCUGGUGAUCCGCAAAGUGCAGUACGCACCGGAGCGACCGGGUCCCCAGCCCAUGGCGGAGACCACCAGGCAGUUCCUGAUGUCUGACAAGCCGCUGCAUCUGGAGGCGUCCCUGGACAAGGAGAUUUACUACCAUGGCGAGCCAAUCAACGUCAACGUCCACGUGACAAACAAUACAAACAAGACGGUGAAGAAGAUUAAAAUCUCAGUGCGCCAGUACGCGGACAUCUGCCUGUUCAACACUGCUCAGUACAAGUGCCCCGUGGCUGUGGAAGAGUCAGAUGACGUGGUGGCUCCGAGUUCGACGUUCUGCAAAGUCUACACGCUGACCCCCUUUCUCGCCAACAACCGGGAGAAGCGGGGCCUGGCCCUGGAUGGGAAGCUUAAACAUGAAGACACCAAUCUGGCUUCCAGCACGUUACUAAGAGAUGGAGCCAAUAAGGAGAUCCUGGGAAUUAUUGUCUCAUAUAAAGUGAAAGUGAAGCUGGUGGUGUCUCGGGGAGGUGACGUUGCGGUGGAGCUGCCUUUCACACUGAUGCACCCCAAGCCCAAGGAGGAGCCCUUGCACCGGGAUGUUCCAGAGAAUGAAGCUCCCAUAGAUACAAAUCUCAUAGAGCUUGAUACAAAGUCCUGCUUCCUUGCACGAUACGAUGGCGUGAGGUUGUUUCCAGCUGUGACGUCUCACUUGGUGCCUGGCAGGACCGGCCCUCGCAGAGCCUGUACUGAGCAGCGACGGCCUCUGAGUGACGACGACAUCGUGUUCGAAGACUUCGCCCGACAGAGACUGAAGGGCAUGAAAGACGACAAGGAGGAAGAUGAGGAGGGGACAAACUCGCCGCAGCUGAAUGACAGAUAAACGGGAUUCUUUUAACCAGUUCUGUUUGUUUCCAGUAACAUCUCUGCAGUAGGCUUCUUAUAUUUUGUAUGAUUUUUUUUUUCUACAUGUACCGGGAGCCUAUGGAUCACCCAGAUGGUGACGGCAAUUAUAACCUUACAGCCGUGCCAUAUUUAUCACCGUGCAUCUCGCUACCUAGGCUGAAGUCUCGUCAGCUGUCUCAAGAACGAGCACAGGGCGGUGGGCCAGACCCCAGGGGGGACGGCAGCAAUCCGGUGUCACCGACACUCAGCCCCCCCUUAGGAUUGGGUCCCCUCUAGUCCCUGGCCCUGUUUUCACUCUGGAGCAGCUGCUCUCAGCCCUUUCGUAUGAUCUGCAUCUUUUAUGCAUUUUGUAUAAUCCACACAAGACAAAUCUUUGUUACGGGGGUGGGAGGAAGGGGUGGAGCGGACAACGCCUGUGACAGGGGUUUAUUUUCUAGGCCAAUUGUUUUCACUGCAGAUGGGACAGUGUAUGACGUGGGCACAGUGCUACAGGCUGGCUGGAGAACAGUUGUAACGCCGAUCAGCUGCUCGCACUGAGUCCUGGGCUGUGACCCGCCCUCCCUGCGGUUCACAGCCUAUUGGCAAAGCCGGCCGGUUUGUGCACGGCCCAUCCAGGCCAAGAGCCUUGCCGACCCUGAGCACAGAGCCCGCGCCCCAAGCUCAGCACUGCUGGCCCCCAGCCCCUGUCCCUCACCUUGCUGGCUGAUGGCAAGGAUCUCCCUCGCUCGAGGGCAACUAGACUCCCCCCUGUAGGUCCCAUGCUGGCCCUGCUUCGACCCCGUACCCCCACCAGGAUCCUAGCCCCACACAGGGGCUUGCAGGAAGUGGGGGAGGACUGGCUGGGCCAGGGUGCUCCUGCUGGCCGCUCAGGCAGGCUGUACAGAGCCCCCCGUUAGCUGCAGGCAGGGCUGGACAAGGGUUCCUGCCUGGGGGAAGCAUCCCCGUACGUGAUCCCUGCCAGGGCCAGGCAGCUCCUACAGAGUCAGGAGAAAGGGGCCGCUAGGGGAUCGACCCCAGUAUCUUAGUUUUUUCUGCAACACACUGCCCCCCUCGUCCGGCGUGUUUAGAGGAGGGAUGACGGGAAACGGCUUUUGUGUCCGUCACCAGAGAGAGAGAUGGUCACCAGCGGUUCAGACACGUGUGCUGAGAGCGCUGGCUCCCAGGGUGGAGACCGUAGGGCUGGGGAACCGCUGCUCUGGGAUCUGCUGCCUGUCUCCCCUUCUGCACCUUGUGUGCCGUGCCAUGGACUCGGGCUGCUGGUGAUCGCAAGCUGCAGCCGUUCCGAGUGAGCUCUGAUGCCUGCUGGAGCAUGGGAGGCAGUGGGCACCAGCCCGCCCAGCCUCAGCCUGGCGAACUGGCACCAUUGCUCUUUAAGGACGGGACCGGCUCCGUUUGGACAUUGCCAGGCGGUGAGAGGCUCUAGCUGCAGGAGGCAGGAAUCAGUCAGUCAGGCUGAUAGUCUAGGGCGAUUGCUCAAUUGUUAGCACGGGGUUACACGUGCCUCACUGUGAACACAGCCACCUGCUCUCCCACCAGCCGGCGCACACGGCUGUGCGUAGACCAGGCCGUGCACUGUCCCACGCUGUCCCCUACCCCAUAGGUCUGGCGUGGGGCUGUGAAGCGCUGGGAUCCCUCGGGUUAAGGGAGGAAGGUGAGAGUGGCAAUUUCCGGGCCUAGGCGUGACGAGAGCAACAGGCAGGACGCUAGUCCCAGUCCCUUCCCGCGCGGGAGCAAGGGAAUGGUCCUAGGGUAACUGCCUCCUAGGCUUUGCCUUUCUAGUUCCUCCACAAAGGCUAUGGACGAGGUUGUUUGAGUCGUAAGGGGCCAAGGCAAAACGCUCUGCAGCCGGUAUGAGUUUUGGCUGGGUUUGGCCGAGUCCCCGCAGCAUGGCUGGAACAGGGUGGUGAGCUGCACAUUUGGUGUUUGCAUUUAUUCAGCUCCACGGCCGCGCACACGCCUGACCCUAGGGAUGCAGGAGACAGAAAUCCGGGAGAGGGCGGUGGUGUUUGAUUUGCAGGGCCAGUGGGAUUGGACGAGGCUGAUCCUGUGACUGACAAUAACACUUUGAAGCCAAAGUAUCGUCGAGUCUUGGAAACCCGCAACGUUUUUAUCUUCUGUGCCAGGACUGCAUGCGUGUGUAUGUAUAUCACACACACGCUCACUCUCUCACUGGCUAGUCAAUAGCGGCCAGAUUAGAUUUAAAGAAAAACUUUCACACUGAGAGAAAGAAAUAGACAGCUGUCCCGUGGCAGUCUGCAGCCCGUAAUCCAUUCCUCCCUCGUGGGCCUCUGAGGACUCAGACACCCCCCAUCUCCAUGCUCUGUACUGAAGGAACCUGUUCUGCAGCCCCUGCUGCCCACUGUUGAUUUUCUCUCUCCUUUCCACACAAUGGACAAAAAUCAUCCCUGGUGCAACUCCAGUGAUGUCUUUGGGCUUCUUUCAGGGCUAGAUUUGGUCCAUCUUUGCUCCCCUCUCUUCCUCUGCCCUCAAGGAUUAUUUAACUAUCUAAAUGAUUUGAGAGCCGGUUUAGAGGAAAGAUGCCCCUUGGGAUAAAGUUCUGUUGUGGUGAGCUGCAUCCAGGCGGGCUCUUCUGGGCGCAUGAGAAACUAUCUUCUCCUGCAACCCCCAGAGAACCCAGUGUGUGCGCUCUCCACCUGAUGUAUUCUCCAUGCCUUUUCUGGGUACCCCGAGGCCUGCUGAUACUGGUGUUCGCAAUGUUGUGGCUGUGUCGGUCCCAGAAUAUGAGAGCGACAAGCUGGGUGAGGGAAUAGCCUUUAUGGGGGUGGAAGAACCAAGCUUUUGAGCGCCACAGAGCUUGUCUCCAGGUCUGGGGCUGGUACUCGGGGUCACAGCUCAGUGCAAGGUGGGACAGGUUGUUAAGCCUAAGGAGGUAACACGUUGCCAGAGACCAGUUACAGUGAAGUGGGAAAUUAACACCUCCGCAGUCGUAGGGCAAAGGCUGCUUAGUAGGUUACACAUUGUAACGAGCCAUAAAACCAGGACCAGGCCUUUUGGUGUCUAGCCGCAUUCUCAAUUUAAGUUCCCAGGCUCGUCUUUUGAAGGCAUCGUGAAGAUUUCCUUUGAGGCGCAGGAGUGGGAGAAGCGUUCGCCCGUGAUGAGAGGGUGUUUUGCUGCGUGAGUUCAUUCGACAGUCUGGUUUCACCCACAUAGUUAUUGUUGGGGCUUUUGCAUGUACGUCACAUGUUGUGAUAGGCCCAUGGAGGGCCCAUGUGUCGUGAAAGGCAGGUUGGGGGUUGUGCUGGUCGCUGCAGCAGCGGAGAGAUGUCUGCAGGUUUCACAUCUGUUGUUCUGGCAGAGUCUGGUGCCGCUUUGAGUUGAUGGGCCCGGAUAGGUCUUGCUUCUGCAGAUGAGGUUGGCACGUUUGGGGGUGUUGUUUGAAGGCCAGAAGAGUGGGUUCAGGAAAGAUUGAAAUGCUGGGACUCUUCAGAGUGGAGAUGAGUAAGCGAGGGCAUGAGGAAGGCAUACAAAGUAAUGGGAGGGAGAAAGGAAAUCAGCUGCUCUUAUUUACCCUUUCACAACACAAGGACAAGGGGGCACUCUGUGAAACUGAUUCCUUACACACAACACAGAAUAACUUGUGGAACUCACUACCACAGGACAUCCAGGCACAGAGCAGAGGAGGGUUUAAAAGAGGAUCUGAAAGUCAGAUGUGACAACAGCCACAAUGUCAGGAGAGGAGAUAAAUUUAUUUUUAGAAGGGAUCAAAACCUGUAGGCUUCAGGCAUGAGCCCACUUCUAACUGGUGCAGUGGGCAGGGGCAGGAUAGGAAGACAUUUCCCCUAUGGCAAGAAUGUUCUAGCCACUGGGAAGCUCCUUGCACCUAUCUCGGAAACAUCUGUUCCUGACCAAUGGCGAAGACAGGCCCCUGAGCUGGUUGGUCUGACCCAUUGGCUGAUUGCUGCCAGGUGGUCACUCCUGUAGAAGGUAGGCAGCGGCUGGGAAUGUCACUGACUGUCAGGUGGGGCUCAGGACGUUCUGUUGACUCUGGUUUGAAUCCAGCGCUGGCUAAGAUCUCGCAGGGAAGCACUUAUACUAACGGCAGGUUUGUGUGGCAGUUCAUUUGGGCACUCGCUAGUUUGGGGGAGGGGUAGGGAGUAGCCAAGGAAAAGUCUCCCAUUUAGUAAAUGCUGAGGAACACGUCAGAGCCAUACCUGACAGGGGGAGGGGGAGGUGGCUAGGUGUGCCCUGGGGAUGGGGAAGUUAUGAGUGGUUGAGACAGGGAGCAGCCUGCCAAAGAGAAGUGGGGUCAGCAUGGUGUCUAGGUCAGGGGGUGUGCGGGGAGGCUACUUUGACUGACAGCUGCCUGUGACCUGCUUUCCCAGCUAUUCGCCUCUCUCCCAGUCCAUCGGCAUGUUUGUUCUACCAGCUUAGGCUCCCUUAAACUCGGUGAGUCGGAGGCCAUAGGUGCUGGAACUGGGAGUGCUGGGGGGUGCGGCAGCACCCUGUGACUUGAAGUGGAUUCCAUUAUGUACAGGAUUUACAGCGUGGUUCAGUGGCUCUCAGCCCCCCGCUCAGAUGCUGAUCUCAUUUGCGCAGGUGUAGCUCCAGAAUAGCACCAUUGACCCCCCAACAGAGCUGCUGCAGAGACACCAGCGUAACUCAGUGUCACGGAGUGUGGGGGAGUCAGGCCCUGCACCCCCGGGCUCCCUGCCGAUGCACCAGGACUCUCAGCCAGCCAGUAAAACAAGGUUUAUUUAGACGACA